GCCGGCAGCUGGGCGGGCUGGACAGGACCGCGGCCGGGGAGGCUUUAAAGCCCGAGUCCGGCGAAGGUCUGCCAGAUUCUGGAACCUCGGCUACCUCCUGGGAGUCGCGUCCGCGGAGUGCGCGUGCGCAGCUGGCCGCCCCAGGUUUUAGAACCAUGAAUCUUUCGCUCUUCCUGGCAGCCCUCUGCUUGGGAGCAGCCUUGGCUACUCCAAAAUUUGAUCAAACAUUUGAUGCACAAUGGCACCAGUGGAAGUCCACACACAGGAGACUGUAUGGCACGAAUGAGGAAGAGUGGAGGAGAGCAGUGUGGGAGAAGAAUAUGAAAAUGAUUGAACUUCACAAUGGAGAGUACAGCGAGGGGAAGCAUGGCUUCACCAUGGAAAUGAACGCCUUCGGAGACAUGACCAAUGAAGAGUUCAGGCAGGUGAUGAACGGCUAUCAACACCAGAAGCACAAGAAGGGGAAAGUGUUUCAGGAGCCUCUGAUGCUUCAGAGCCCCAAGUCUGUGGACUGGAGAGAGAAGGGCUGUGUGACGCCUGUGAAGAAUCAGGGCCAGUGUGGUUCUUGUUGGGCUUUUAGUGCAACUGGGGCACUGGAAGGACAGAUGUACCUUAAGAAUGGCAAAUUGGUCUCACUGAGUGAGCAGAACCUUGUAGAUUGUUCUCAGGCUCAAGGCAAUCAGGGCUGCAAUGGUGGCCUGAUGGAUUAUGCCUUCCAGUACAUUAAAGACAACGGAGGCCUGGACUCAGAAGAUUCCUAUCCUUAUGAAGCAAAGGAUGACUCCUGUAAGUACAAGCCUGAGUUUGCUGUGGCUAACGACACUGGGUUUGUGGACAUCCCUCAGCGGGAGAAGGCCCUCAUGAAGGCUGUGGCGACUGUGGGGCCCAUCUCAGCCGCGAUUGAUGCAGGCCACGCAUCCUUCCAGUUCUAUAAGAGAGGCAUUUACUAUGAACCAGACUGCAGCAGCAAGGACCUGGAUCAUGGAAUUCUAGUGGUUGGCUAUGGAUUUGAAGGAUCAGAUUCAAAUAACAACAAAUAUUGGCUUGUCAAGAACAGCUGGGGUCCCGAAUGGGGUGCAGAAGGCUAUGUCAAAAUAGCCAAGGAUAGGAAUAAUCACUGUGGAAUUGCCACUGCGGCCAGCUACCCCACCGUGUGAGCUGACAAUGGUAAUAAAGGCCUUGGACAGCAUGUCUGGAGGGACUUUAUCUUAAAACUGACCAAACCCUUAUUGAGACAAAGUACUUGAAUCAUUGAGGAUCCAAGUUAUAAUUUGAAUUCUGUGACAUUUUUACAAGGGUAAAAUGUUUCCACUACUUCUAACUUCUGUUAUAAACAGCUUUAUAAUACUGAAGAAUAUUGCUUAAUUCUGAGACUGGAAUUUUCAUUUUAUAAAAGAAUGUAUAAAGCUUUCUUUACCUUUUAAAAAUAAACUUUUGUUCAGUAUGUACAAGUGGGA